AUGUCAUCGACGGAAGGCCCGCUCUUCAGCUCUGAGCUCAUCUCCCCCGAAGUCCUCAAAGCACUCCCAGAGGGCUACAGCUGUCGCCCGCUCGAGAGGAAAGACUACCACAAUGGCUUCCUGGAUGUACUCAGAGUGCUCACCACAGUGGGAGACAUAACUGAGGAGCAAUGGAACGAACGUUACGACUGGAUGAAGACUCGCAACGACGAAUACUACCUUCUCUGCAUCACCAACUCAUCCAAUGCCAUCGUCGGCACCGGUGCCCUCAUCGUCGAGCGCAAGUUCAUCCAUCAACUCGGCCUUGUCGGACACAUUGAGGAUAUUGCCGUGGCCAAGGACCAGCAGGGCAAGAAGCUCGGACUGAGGAUUAUCCAGGCGCUCGAUUUUGUCGCGGAGAAGGUGGGCUGCUACAAGACUAUUCUGGACUGUUCAGAAGCAAAUGAAGGAUUCUACGUCAAGUGUGGUUUCAAGAGAGCAGGACUCGAGAUGGCGCAUUACUACGGGCGCUAA